AUGUCCGCCCCCAGACCCGUCUCGCGGUGCGUCCAGCGCAGCUCGCGGGCUCUCUCACGAGCGCAAUGGCGACCGAGGCACAGCUUCUGCCCCUCCGCCGCGGCCUCCUCGCGGGCCGCAUCCGGCCGGGAGCGGCUCGCCUGGCCCGUCAUGAGCAUGUCCGUCGCCGGCGCGAGGUCCUUUAGCAACACGGCUCGGCGCCGCUCGGACGACGACGACGAGGCCUUCGACCCGGCCUCGGUUGAGCGCGAAGCCGACGAGGUCGACGUGUGCAUCGUCGGCGCCGGCCCCGCGGGGCUCAGCGCCGCCAUCCGCCUGAAGCAGCUGGCCAACGAGGCCGGCAACGAAGACUUCCGCGUGCUGGUGCUCGAAAAGGCUGGCGACCUGGGCGCCCAUAUCCUCUCCGGCGCCGUCAUCCAGCCCUCCGCCAUCAACGAGCUCAUCCCCAACUGGCUGGACGAGGACAACUCCGACCGCUUCGAGCACGCGACCCCCGCCGGCACCGACCGCAUGCGCUUCCUCACCAAGACGGCCGCCAUCCCGCUCCCCGCGCCCCCGCAGAUGAGCAACCACGGCAACUACAUCGUCAGUCUGAACCAGUUCGUCAAGUGGCUUGGCGAGCGCGCCGAGGAGGUCGGCGUCGAGGUCUACCCCGGCUUCGCUGCUUCAGAGGUCGUCUAUGACACCGAUGGCUCCGUCAAGGGCGUGGCGACCAACGACCUGGGCAUUGGCCGCGAUGGAAAGGCCAAGGAGACGUUUGAGCGCGGCAUGGAGUUCCACGCGAGGGUCACCAUGUUCGGCGAGGGCUGCCACGGCAGCUUGAGCAAGCAGGUCAUCAACAAGUUUGACCUGCGCCAGGACAGCCAGCACCAGACGUACGGCCUGGGAAUUAAGGAAGUCUGGGAGAUUGACCCGGAAAAGUUCGAAUCAGGCCAAAUUGUCCACUCUAUGGGAUACCCGCUACCUCAUAACGUCUACGGCGGCUCCUUCAUGUACCACUUUGGCGAGAACCUCGUCAGCAUCGGUCUCGUCGUCUCGCUCGAUUACCAAAACCCCUGGAUGUCGCCCUACCAGGAGUUCCAGAAGCUCAAGAUGCACCCGCUCUUCCGCAACGUCCUCGAGGGCGGCAAGUGCAUCUCCUACGGCGCCCGUUCCCUCAUCGAGGGCGGCUUCCAAUCCAUCCCCAAGGUUGCCUUCCCCGGCGGCGCCCUCAUCGGCGACUCGGCCGGUUUCGUCAACGUGCCCAAGGUAAAGGGCACCCACAACGCCAUGAAGUCGGGCAUGCUGGCCGCCGAGGCCGCCUGGACCGCCCUUAACGAGAAGCCCGAGGGCAGCAUCUUCCUCUACGACUACGAGGACAAGCUGCGCAAGUCGUCCAUCUGGAAGGAGCUCCGCGAGGUGCGCAACAUGCGGCCCUCGUUCCACACGCCCCUCGGCCUCUACGGCGGCGUCGCCUACUCCGGCCUCGAGGCCUUCCUGUUCAAGGGCCGCGUGCCGUGGACCCUCAAGCACAAGACGCCCGACCACGCCACCACCAUGUCUGCCGACAAGGCCCCCAAGAUCGAGUACGAAAAGCCUGACGGCAAGAUCACCUUUGAUAUCCUGACGAGCGUUUCCCGAACUGGCACCAACCACGAGGAAGACCAGCCCGUUCACCUGCAAGUCAAGGACUGGGACGCACAUACCGAGAAGACAUACCCGUCCUACAAGGGUCUUGAGAACCGCUUCUGCCCGGCUGGAGUCUACGAGUACGUCGAGGACGAGUCUAAGCCACACGGCGUGCGGUUCCAGAUCAACGCGCAAAACUGUAUCCACUGCAAGACGUGCGACAUCAAGGCGCCUCACCAGGACAUCAACUGGCAGGUGCCGCAAGGAGGCGAAGGCCCCAAGUACUACAUGACUUAA